UCCACUCAGCCAAGAAGAUCACGAAGAAAAGUGCCAUCUGCUGACGCCUGGCUGAGCAUGGCCCUUCCCGCCUUGGGCCUCAACCCCUGCAGCCUCCUGCACCUUUUCCUCUGUCAGCUGCUCCUGCUGCUGCUCCCGUCCACUGCAGUAGGGGACAGUGUGCAGGGACCUGUGCCCAGGGUCAAGUUUCACGCAGGGGACGGGCGCAGGGCACUCAGCCUCUUCCACCAAAAAGACCUCCAGGAUUUUGACACCCUGCUUCUGAGCAGUGAUGGCAACACCCUCUACGUGGGCGUGCGAGAGGCCAUCCUGGCCUUGGACAUCCAGGAUCCAGGGGUACCGAGGCUCAAGAACAUGAUAUCCUGGCCAGCCAGUGACAGGAAAAAGAGUGAAUGUGCUUUCAAGAGGAAGAGCAAUGAGACGCAGUGUUUCAACUUCCUUCGUGUCCUGGUCUCCUUCAACGCCACCCAUCUCUAUGCCUGCGGCACCUUCGCCUUUAGCCCUUCUUGCACUUUCAUCGAACUCCAAGAUUCCUACCUACAACCCAUCUCGGAGAACAGAAUCUUGGAAGGGAAAGGGCAGAGCCCCUUUGACCCUGCUCAUAAGCACACAGCUGUCUUGGCGGAUGGGAAUCUCUAUUCUGGCACCAUGAACAACUUCCUGGGCAGUGAGCCCAUCCUGAUGCGUGCGCUGGGACCCCAGCCUGUCCUCAAGACUGACAAUUUCCUCCGCUGGCUGCAGUCGGACGCUUCCUUUGUGGCUGCCAUCCCUUCGACAGAUGUCGUUUACUUCUUCUUUGAAGAGAGCGCCAGCGAAUUCGAGUUCUUUGAGAAGCUGCACACGUCUCGCGUGGCCCGAGUCUGCAAGAACGACGUGGGUGGUGAGAAGCUGCUGCAAAAGAAGUGGACCACAUUCCUGAAGGCCCAGCUGCUCUGCACCCAAGCUGGACAGCUGCCCUUUAAUGUCAUUCGCCACGCCGUCCUGCUGGCCCCCAACUCCUCCUCCGCUGAGCCCUACGUCUACGCAAUCUUCACCUCUCAGUGGCAGGUCGGUGAGACCAGGAGCUCUGCUGUCUGUGCUUUUGCUCUCAGUGACAUCCAGCGUGUGUUUGAGGGCAAGUACAAGGAGCUGAACAAAGAGACAUCCCGCUGGACCACAUAUGGGGUCCCGAACAUCAACCCUCGUCCUGGCAGUUGCUCAGUGGGCCCUUCCUCAGAUAAGGCCUUGACCUUCAUGAAGAAUCAUUUCCUGAUGGAUCAGCAGGUGGAGGGGCGCCCCCUGCUGGUGAAGUCAGGUGUGGAGUACACACAGCUGGCGGUGGAAAUGGCUCCUGGCAUUGAGGGGCACAGCCACCUGGUCCUAUACCUGGGCACUGCCACCGGGUUCCUGCACAAGGCCGUGGUGAGUGGGGACAGCGAUGCCCACCUGGUAGAGGAGAUCCAGCUCUUCCCGGAGCCUGAGCCUGUGCGCAACCUUCAGCUGGCCCCCUCCCAGGGCGCCGUGUUUGCAGGCUUCUCGAAAGGCAUCUGGAGGGUUCCCCGGGCCAACUGUAGUGUCUAUGAGAGCUGUGUGGACUGCGUCCUUGCCCGAGAUCCCCACUGUGCCUGGGACCCAAAGGCCCAUGUGUGUGCUCUCUUGCCCAAUCCCAUCCCGAUGUCCUGGAAGCAGGAUAUGGAGCGUGGGAACCCCGACUGGGCAUGUACCAGUGUUCCUAGGGGCAGGAGCCGGCGCCCUCUAAGACGCCCCCAAAUUAUUAAAGAAGUCCUGGCUGCACCCAACUCCCUCCUGGAACUUCCCUGUCCCCACACCUCUGCUCUGGCCUCAUAUCUCUGGACUCACGGGCCAGGCCAGAUCCCUGAGGACUCAUCUGCUGUCUAUAAUGGUUCCCUCUUGCUGCUGCUGCGAGCUGGCCAGGGCGGCCUCUAUCAGUGCUGGGCCACUGAGAAUGACUUCUCCUAUCCCGUGGUGUCCUACUGGGUGGACAGCCAAGACCCAUCCCUGGCCCUGGACCCCGAGCUGGCCGGUAUCCCCCGGGAGCGUGUAGAGGCCCCCUUGACCAGGGUGGGUGGUGGGGCCUCCCUAGCUGCCCCAAGGUCCUACUGGCCCCACUUCCUCACGGUCACUGUGCUCCUGGCCCUGGUGCUCUCGGGGUUCCUCAUCCUUCUUAUCGCCUCCCCUUUGGGAGCCCUCCGAGCUCGGGGGAAGGUCCAGGGCUGUGGGACACCACCUCCCGGGGAGAAAGCCCCUCUGAGCAGGAAGCAGCACCCCCAGAACUCCACGGAACACAGGACCUCGGUGGGUGAUGUGGACUCUGACAACAACCACCUGGGCACAGAGGUGGCCUAGAUCUUGUGGGCAUGAUGGAGUUAUCCCAGUAUCCCAGGAUGGCUGGAGGGUCUGGAGCAAACACCUGAGCCUGUGGGAGCAGCACAAGAAACCAUCUUUCUCCCAGAGAAGAACUUCGGCAGCAGACAGAAUGUGACACAGCGCAACUCCAUGCAUAGCUCUGUGGGCAGCUGCUGGAAUCUUAAACCCGAGGUGGAUUGCUCCAGGACCCCCUAAAUCUCCAUCAGGACCUAUGGGGAUUGCACAUCAGUUCCAGACUGCUGGAACACAGUCGCUCCAAGUGCUGGAGAUAAUGAAGGGAUGCACGCAACUGACCCUGGUUCCAUUUCUGGCACUAUUUCAUGGUAUCUUCCUGAGUUUGUGCCAUGAAGAAGCACUGAGCACCAGCUCUGCCCCCCCCCCCCCAAAAAAACCCAAGCAGACAUUGACAGUCUUCGAGGCCUGAAAGAUAAGGUGCUUGCCUUGUACGUGCCUGACCUAGGUGUGAUCCCCCCAACAACGUGUAGGUCCCCCAGCACUUCCAGGAGUGAUCCUUCGACACAGAGCCUGAAGUAAGCCCUGAGCACCACUAGCUGUGACCCAACUCUUCCUUCCCCCACAUGCACAGGGGGCCCAGCAGCUAUCUUGGACACCAGCAUUCCCAGGUUGUGGGUGAGGGUCCAGGGGUGACCCAUGGACUUCUGAGCACUUUCCUGAUGUUGAUACUUUUCUCCUGCUCAGGCCUGACCCAGAAUGAAACCUUCUACCUACGUGGUAAUACACCUGGUGGGGCUCUGGGCUUGGUCACUUCCUUUUUGCCCAAUUCAUCUCUCCACCUCUCUCCUCCCCGUUUCAAGGUUCUAAGGUUCAGAAAAUGCUUGUUACAGUUUUUUUGUUUGUUUGUUUGUUUAAGUUUUUGAGCCACACCUGGCUGUGCUCAGAGCACUGAGCUCAGGGAAUCACUCCUAGCAGGAUGAGGAGACCAUAAUGGAUUGCCAGGGGUUAAACCUGGUGUACCGUGUGCAAGGCAAAUGUCCUACCUGCUGUGCUAUCACUCAACCCCAGACAGUUUAUUUUUUAUUAAAAAGAUAAAAUUGAUAA